AUGCAGUCCAAAAUCGGCGCUUUCUUCAAAUCUCCUAUUAACGACAAUGAUGAUGACGAGCUAACAAUCUGGGAGAAGAAAGAGCAUCAUAUCUUCAAUACCCAUGAGGAUGAACUAAUGAAAGUAUCGUUCAUAUGCUUAAUGGCACCAGUAGAAUCAUAUUUGGUCUUACGGACUGACCCACCAGCUCAGAAAAAGAAGGUUGAAGAAGUUGAGAAAAUGAUGGACAUUGACCUUGGAAAUGGAUGGAUAAUUCAUGAACACUGCAAGGUUUAUCUGUUCACUUCCCCACAAAGGAUUGUUGGAUGCCUUGUUGCUGAAGCAAUCAAAGAGGUGUCCAAAGUUAUCUCUUGCUCAAGUGCUGGAACCACUCUCCAAUUUGACGAUAUAAUUUUUCGAAGAGGAGUUGAAAAAAGAGCCUCCUCUGUGAAUGAAUCUGCAGGAUUGGACACCGCCCAUGGUGGGCCAAUAUUCUGUGAAGACAAAGCAGUCACUGCAGUUUGCGGCAUUAGAGCCAUAUGGAUGCCUUCCUCCAACAGAAGAAAACGCAUUGCCCGCCAAUUGCUAGAUGCUGUGAGGUAG